AGAGAGAGCGCGCUGGAGGAGAGGAGGUUCCUUGGCUGCUGGGCGCCACGUGUCUCCGGCAGCAGGGAAGGAGAAAGGCGGCGGCGGCGGCGGCAGCAGCAGCAGCAGCAGCAGCAGCAGCGUGGGAAGGCGAGAGCAUGGAGCCGGCUUGCUUCCUCUCGGCCCAUCCCUUCCAGGAGCCCGGCAUCAUGGCUCCGGACCUCUACCGCCAGCCUCCUCCUCCUCCUCCUCCGCCCCAGGGCCAGCCAGCCAAAGCCCCCGAAGGAGCCCGCAUCAUCCGAGACCCUGUCUCUGGCCGGACCUACAGCAAAGGCCGCCUCCUGGGGAAGGGUGGAUUUGCAAGGUGUUAUGAAGUGACAGACCUCUCAAGCAACAAGACCUAUGCAGUGAAGGUCAUUCCUCACAGUAGAGUGGCCAAGCCACACCAACGGGAGAAGAUCAUAAAUGAAAUUGAGCUGCACAGAGAGCUACAUCAUAAACACAUUGUGAAGUUCUCACAUCACUUUGAAGAUUCCGAGAACAUUUAUAUCUUCCUCGAACACUGCAGUAGAAAAUCUUUGGCACAUAUUUGGAAAUCCCGCCAUACCCUUCUGGAACCAGAGGUUCGUUAUUACCUCAAACAAAUAAUCUCUGCCUUGAAAUAUCUCCACCUCAAAGGAAUCCUUCACAGGGAUCUUAAACUGGGUAAUUUUUUCAUCAAUGAAAACAUGGAACUGAAAGUUGGAGACUUUGGGUUGGCUGCCCGGCAAGAACCUGCAGACCAAAGAAAAAAGACUAUUUGUGGUACCCCCAACUACCUUGCCCCAGAAGUGCUACUGCGACAAGGACAUGGGCCAGAGUCAGAUGUGUGGUCUUUGGGCUGUGUCAUGUAUACCUUGCUAUGUGGAAAUCCCCCUUUCGAAACUUCUGAUCUCAAGGAGACCUAUAAGUGUAUCAAGCAUGUCACAUAUACACUCCCAGCAUUCCUUUCCAUGCCAGCCAAGAACCUGCUUAUGGGCAUCUUGAAACGGAACCCCCAAGAACGUUUCACCCUGGAGGAAAUCUUGGACCAUGACUUUUUCACUAAGGGUUACACACCUGAUAAGCUCCCACCCAGCAGCUGUGUGAUGGUGCCAGAACUGAACCCUCCCAAUCCUGCCAAGAGCUUGUUUGUAAAGGUCACAAAAACACUCUUUGGGAAAAGGAAAUCCAAAGUUAAGAAAGCUCCUUCUGAAGAAAGAGAUGACAUCUCCAGGUUGGUCACAGGCCUUGUGAAGACCUCUAUCUGUAGGCAACUGAGCCACAAAACGGUGGAAGGGAAUGAGGUUACUCCACUGAGCGGUCAGGGCCCCAGCUCUAGCCCAGUAGACACCUUAGCUGAGGAGGGCUCACAGAAGUCCAUCUCCCGGUCCAUUCGUGGGACAAUGGCCAGCAGCUGUGAAGUAUUUGAAGACUGUGCAACAGCAUCAGGUGUCAUUGAAUCUGCGAUUGGGCUCCUGAAGAAUUGUCUCUCUGUCAUGCCACCAGCUGAGAGGAAUCCUGCCUCCCUAGCCUGCCAUGAACAUUUCGUCUGGGUGAGCAAGUGGGUGGACUAUUCAAACAAAUAUGGCUUCGGCUACCAGCUCUCCGAUCGUAGCAUUGGUGUCCUCUUCAAUGAUGGAACUCACAUGACACUCUCUGCUAGUUGGAAGAAAGUACGUUACAACCUGACGAACAGUAAACAUUUCUCCUUCCCGGCUUCAGCAGUUCCUGAACAGCUGCAGGGACAGAUGAGUGUCCUGCAGUACUUUGCGUCUUACAUGGAACAGCAUCUAAUGAAGGGAGGAGACUUGCCCAGCAUAGAUGAAACUGGACAGGUGCCACUUCUACUUUUACAGUGGGUGAAGACUAACCAGGCCUUAUUGAUGUUGUUCAGCAAUGGAACCUUGCAGGUGAACUUCUACAAUGAUCAUACCAAGGUGAUAUUCAGCAAACCUGACCACUCCUGCCUCCUUACCUACAUAAACCGUGACAGGAAUUCCUACACCUACAAGCUUAGCAGCAUCGCAGAAUUUGGAUGCUCACCAGAGCUUCAGCAUCGGCUCAAGUAUAUCCUCAGACUGCUACAACAGCGAACAGAUGCUUAAAGCUAUAGAGAAAGACUCUUUGUCUCCUUGGAACUUUUUAGUUCUUCCAGAAACUGUUAAUGGUUUAAGAGAGGGCAAGUCUAGAUCCCAGUGGAUUCUUCUUCAGUGGAUGCAUAACUCCUCUGGAAGGGAAAACUGUCAAAACCAAAACUGCACAUGUGCAGCUCUGAGCCACUCUUUUGGACCCAUCAACUUCUAGAUGCCUACCACCAACUGCCUCUUCUUUUGUUUCCCCCUCUUUUAUGAAGUCGGGGUGUGUGUGUGUUUCCCACUUACUUUGAUGUGACUGCUCCAGUCCACAGUGGAGAGAAGGUAUAGCAGCAGAUGCCUUAAGCUUUACUCCUGUGUAGUCCGUGCACAGUUGGUUGUACACAUAGUGUUACAGGGUGAAAAAGGGAGAGGGGGAGAUAACUGUGCUCCAUACACGAUAUGGGGAACGACAUAGGGUAAAUAGGGAGGGAAAUGACAAAUCUUCAUUUAAAAUGGCUUCUAGGGUUUCUGUGGUGCCUAAUGCCAAAUAUCUGGUGUGGAAUAUGGCAUCUUUUUAGAGCCUGAUGGGUAGAAAGGCUUGAAUUCCAGAUUGAGUGACUGUUCCAUUGUGAGCUGUUCCAGGCCCUGGCAACACUACCACUAUGUCCUCUGGACUACAUUGUGCUGCUUGGAGUUGCAUCACUUGCCAGUUCUCACUUGGCUAUGACUCAUGGACCAAACAAGGCUGUGAAUUUGGGAGUGGCUACCAGGAGAGGAAGUAUAGCCUGUGCUACAGGGUGUCUGUAACGGGUGAUGUUUUCUUACCAGGGAGCCAGGCAAAUGGCUUCCUUGCUCUAGCUGUAAUGAAGUUACAAACUUCAGGUGUUAGUUGGCUGUUGUGCCAACUCUCUGCAGGAAUUGGCAGGGAAGAGCUGCUACAACUCAAAAUCUGGGAAGAUGGAGUGUGGUUAAAUCGGGAAGUUCAGGCUUCUAGUGCUUCCUUGAAGCAUUUGAGGCUGUGAUGGUAAUAGAAUAGUAAUUGUUAGGUAAUGAAACUGUUACACUAAUUAGGCAAAUGGGACUCCCUUUUUUGCUGAAACUGUGAAUGCCCUAUUUGCCUCAGUUUCUCAGCUGCUUUCAUCCCAAGAUACAGCAGAGGAAUACCAUUAAUUGCCAUGGUGCAAACUUGAACAGCUUCAGUAAAAGCUGCUCACUUGGUGUUUUGAACUUGACAAGACUGUUGAGCUGUGGAACCUAAAUGACCUAAGAUUUAUUUAUGUAUUUAUAAACUAUUUAUUUUGCACCUAUUUCCUGUCAAUCAUGUACACCAGAUCUCCUGAAACCCAGCAGUUUUGAUGACAAUGAAACUCAUUUUUAUUAAAAAGCAAAGAGAAAGUA